AUGAGCCAAAGUGGGGCCUCACGCCUGCGGGAGCCGGUGCGAGAUGUGGGCGCUGAGGCUCCCCAAAGAGCCAAGGAGCUGGAGCUGAUGGAAAACAUGUUGACAAGCAAGCAGGAGGAGAGCUGGGAGCAGCGGGGCCCCCGGGCCUCCCUCACCCGCCAGGAACGGAGCCGCCUGCUCUGGGAGGACGUCAGUGUCAUGGAGGAGGAUGCCACCAAAGUCACUGCCCUGAAGCUGAGGCUGGAUGAGUCCCAAAAAGUGCUGCUCAAGGAGCGGGAGGACAAACUGGCACUCAGCAAGAGCAUUGAGAAGCUGGAGGGCGAGCUCAACCAGUGGAAGAUCAAGUAUGAGGAGCUCAACAAGAACAAGCAGGAGGUGAUGAAGCAGCUCAACAUCCUGAAGGAGAUCCACCAGGACGAGCUGGGGCGCAUCUCUGAGGACCUGGAGGACGAGCUGGGUGCUCGCUCCAGCAUGGACAAGAAGCUGGCUGAGCUGCGUGCGGAGAUGGAGCGGUUGCAGGCGGAGAACGCGGCUGAGUGGGGCCGGCGGGAGCGGCUGGAGACUGAGAAGCUCAACUUGGAGCGGGAGAACAAGAAGCUGCGGGCGCAGAUCGAAGACCUGGAGGAGGUGCUGGCUCGCAAGCGGCGCCAGACAGCCAGUGCCCUGGACACCGACCUCAAAACCAUCCAGGCUGAGCUCUUUGAGAAGAACAAGGAGCUGGCUGACCUGAAGCACAUCCACGCCAAGCUGAAGAAGCAGUACCAGGAGAAGAUGGCUGAGCUGGCCCAUGCCAACCGUCGCGUGGAGCAGCAUGAGGGUGAGGUGAAGAAGCUGCGCCUGAGGGUGGAAGAGCUGAAGAAGGAGCUGGCCCAAGCCGAGGACGAGCUGGAUGAGGCCCACAACCAGACACGGAAGCUGCAGCGGUCACUGGAUGAGCAGACUGAGCAGAGUGAGAGCUUCCAGGUGCAGCUGGAGCAUCUGCAGUCCCGGCUGCGGCGGCAGCAGAGCGCCCCGCUCUUCGGCAAGAUGCGCAGCACCCGCUUCGGCCCCGACGACGCCGGGGACGGCACCAGUGACCCCGAUGAGGAUGAGGACCUGCAGAUCCAGGUGUCCUAG